AUGCCCUUGUCAUCAACAGCAAGUUUUUUCCGUAUUUUAAAAAAGUGAAGUAUAUUCAGAAGAGAGGAGAGAAGAGUAACAAAGUGCGAAAAUUAAUUUGGACAACGUGUGUAACAAUUGAGAAGAAAAGAUUUUGCGCUUAUCGCGAAUUGAUCGAAGGAUUUAUAGGAUAAUAAUCCUAAGAUAAGUAAAGAUGGAUGAUGAAACAUUAAACAGACUUGCAGUUGAAGCUUUGCUGGAAGAAGCUAAACUCGGUGCACAAAGGGCUGAAAUAAUGGGACCUAGUGGAUGGGUAAAACCUAAAGAAACCGUUAACAAAAGAUUUCUCCAUUCAACAUUAAGAAAUGCAGUAAUAUCGAACAAACAUCGUACACUGAAGCAAGAAAAAGUAAAAGUUCAAUCAUAUAAAACAGAUACUGUUAAAAAAUCAUAAGUUACAAUAUAUAUAUAUAUAUAUAUUCUUGUUAUACAAUUUUGAAACAUAUACUUAUCAUUUUCCUUGGCAUACACACAUAUAUUUAAAUU